UUGGCUCCCACCUCUAGUAGCACUGCGAUUUUGUUUUCAUCCGAAAAAAGAGACUUUUUGCCAUGUCUUUGGCUCGCACUGACAGAGCCGUCCAGUAGAGUGUCCUUGAGCGACUUGCCAGCGCUCAGCGAAUCCCGAAGCGGGCUCCGGUCGAUACCCGAUAUCCCCGAUUCCCGAUGAACGCCAGCGGAAACGGCGGAGGUGGAGGAGGAGGAGGAGGUGGAGCAGCGGGAGCGCCCGUCUCAGGAGGAGUGGGUGGUGCAGGAGGUGCAGGUGGUGCAGGUGCUGCUGCUGGUGGCGUGGGAGGCGCAGGCGGUGGAGGAGCUGGUGGCCCUGGCGCAGGCGGAGGGGCGGCUGCAGCGGAUCAGGCUGGCGAGGCAGCUGGCGGAGCAGCAGGUGGAGCCGCUGGCGAUGGUUCGGUUCCCAAUGGAACCAGCGCCGCCAGCACGUCGGACAACCCGGCGAAUGGAGCCAGCUCUAGCGAGGAUCAGGACGCCAAGCGGCGCAAGUGCCGCGAAACAGAGGAGGGUCAGGAUGGAGCCAGCACGAUGAUCGAUGCGAACAGCGUGCUGAACAAGAUCGCCAACCUGUACGCCGAGCAGCUGAUGUCGGACAUCGUGCUGCUGGUGGACGGCAAGGAGUACCCCGCCCACCGCGUCAUCCUGUGCGCCAGCAGCGACGUCUUUCAGGUGAUGCUCAUGAACCCCGAGUGGAACGAGUGCAGCAAGCACGUGAUCGAGCUGCACGAGGAGGCCUGCUGCUCGGCGGUCUUCCCGCAGUUCAUCAAGUACCUGUACGUGGGCCACAUCGAGGUGACGCUGCAGACGGUGAUGCCGAUGCUGGCGCUGAGCGACAAGUACAAUGUGCGCGACCUGAUCGAUCUCUGCGUGGGCUACAUGAACAAGCACGUGGCCAAGGCGGCCACCAGCGGCUAUUUGGUCUCCUGGCUGCAGUACACGCUCUCCUUCACGCCCACCCACAACGAUCUCACCGAGACGCUCAAGCGCUUCCUCAAGUGGAACCUCGAGAUGGUCGCCGAGUCGCGUGACUUUGUGGAAAUGGACCCGGCCAUAUUGCAGCUGCUGCUGCAGCAGAACGACCUGGUCGUCACCAGCGAGUACAAACUGUUCGACAUCCUGCAGACGUGGCUGCUGCAUCGUCGCGAGCAAAUGGAGGCCACCGCGAGCGGCAGCUUCAUGGAGCUGAUCGAGCAGACCGUCUCGCACAUUCGCUUCGGCAUGAUGACGCCGCGCCAGCUGUCGCAUUUGCUGAUGGACCCGCUGAUCGAGUACCACAAGGAGUUUCUCGUCGAGCGCAUCGCCAUCGGCAUGAGCUACCAGUCGGGGCAGGAGGAUCGGGUGCGCGAGGUGCGGGCCACCGAGUCCGGCGAGCUGCAGUUCACGCCGCGGCUCUACUGGAACGACACCUGGAGCGUCGACAUCGAUGUGCACAACUUCGAUGCGAUCGAGGACUACAAGAACUAUGUGACCUGCUUCUUUUCGCAGCGCCACAUCGCUGAGACUGAAGAGGACGAUCCCGGCAUGACCUGGGAGAUAGAGUUUUUCCCGCGCGGCGUUAGGUACAACAAGGCCAAAAUGGUCUGGGGCGAGGACGUGCCGGGCUGCUCGUUGAACACAGUGCGCCUACGGGUUACCUGCAAGCAUCAAAACAUUGGCGAGGAGCGCUUCAAGAUCGCCGUGCUGAUCGUGGGCGUGCAGAACCAGAUCAUGCACAUCCGUACGGUGGUGGAGCGCACCGAGUACUUCUCGGACACCUCGCGAGUGAUCAACCUGGACAACCUGCUGCCGUACGACGAGCUGGAGCACACAUCCCCCUACUUGAGUCCCCAUCUGACGGGCACCGCCCGCAACACACUCACCCUGCACGUGGUCAUCACGCCGAUGGGCGCCCACACCUGCCGGGACACGCCGCCGUUUCAGUUCUAGGCACUCGGUACUUUCCGGCGUCCUUUCAUCCGCAGCCCCACUGUAUUUCACUCUUCCAUUCAAUGUUUGUAUGUAUGUAUAAAUGCAAUGCGACUGCGACUACCCUUGGGCUCAAUCUUGGCGAUCCUCUCGAUUACAUACCACUCCCGCUCCCGCAAUAUGUUUUGUUAUAAGUUUUUGUUUGUCUUUUUUUUUUUUGUCCCAUAAGUUAGGCGCACCGAAAGGAGUGAGUUCUUAGGCAGGGCCAUAUCGUGGAUAGUUGGUAUUGGCCAUAAUGGAUAGCGUGAGUGCCAACUGCAAUGAAAGGAGAUUUUCUAAUAAACACUGAAUUGUAAAGAUGAAAACCGAAACCAAAACCAAAACCCCCAACCGACAUGGCUGAGAAAGAGAGGGCUAUUGCCAUCUCAUUUGCCAAUGCAUAGAGCAUCAGUUUUAAUGUUUUACAGCCGAUAGAUAUGAGUGCCCGCUUGUGUGUGCCCAGAUCUAGAUCUCUGGAUCCCUUUACGAGUGCGUUUACGGCCCGGGAUCAAGCUGUCGCGUCUAAGGGGGCGUAUCUUUAUGUGCUCCGCUGGUAGUGACUUGGCCAUAAUGCCAAAAUACCGGGCCAAUUCCCGCGUGCAGACGUUCUGGAUAAUCUGGAUAAUCCCAGCCCAGGCAAAAACGAAUAUAUAUAAAUCCAGGUCCAGGCAUAUAAGUCAUCAAUCGAAUUGAUUUAAUCUUGGCGUUAAUGUAGUUGUUAAAUAAAAUGUCUCUUCAAAAAUCAGCUAUGGUCUAUUAUUGAAGUUUGCGUUUUCAUUAGACUGAACUAAAGAGUAGAAUUACUGUCAUCUAACGUUAUAAUUUAGUGAUUUCGCUUUUAAUUUAAUUACUUCCUAAAGUUGUCCAGUCAUUUUGUAAAACAACGUCUCGGAAACCUCUAAUAAAGGUGUCGAAAAGUAUAACUAAAUGUUUUUAUUACCUCUAAUAGUACAAAUACGAUAUGCUUGCCUGAGAAUAUCAAUAAAGUAUUUUAUUUUACUUCAA